CGCGCCUCGCCACUCUUGCUGCUCUCUUGGGACCGUAUUGGCUUCAGGAAGGUUGACGUAUAUCUGUUUCUCAAUGGGAUCGGAGGCUGUCUGGCCAGGCUCCAUCCUGAAGGCACACACACGUGAGUAGAGAUGUGAUUAUGGUCAGUAUGAGAGGGGAGGUCACAAUGGUGUACCAGUUUGAAGGUCAGGUUCUUCGGAGGCGUGGCCACCUCCUUCAUUAUCGUCCGGGCGUCCUUGCCCAUGAUUUGCUCCCACUGGAUCAGAUCGCUGUCGUGGAUCACGCAGAAGUCCUCACCGGCCAGCUCGAGCCCGCCAUGGAUCGUGACGGCCAGCGAGUGAUGUGGCGAGACUCCGGCUGCAUCAUCCACAUAUGAGACGGGGCUGCCUCACUGCCUCUCUUGUGCACAGCCCAUCGCUCACCGGUGUAAUUCAGCCCAUAGGAGGGGACGGCAAGGAGCGCCAGAAGCUGCAUAUUGUCAAGCAGAGAAGGACAACAUUGUCAUUGGAAAUCGCCUGUGAUGUGUCCCCGUCUCAUUGGAGUAGUGUCUGGGAGCAGCCUACCGAGGCAACCGGCAGGAGAAGGCUCAUCAUGAUGAUGGCAAAGGGAACAAGAGUGUGAGCGAUACGGGCGGGGACUGUCAAGAGGGACUGCGAACACGAGAC